AUGACGGUCAUCAGCAAUCGUCAGCGAUCGUCGCCAUCGUUGUGUGAAGAUCUGCAAGCAGCCAUCUGUGCGGCGGUGGUUUUUGGAUUUCCGUCGACCACUGCGACCGGAUCCGUUAACGAUAACUCGGUGACAUGUUCGGAUUCGGAUGCCGAUGUGGUAUUUCUCAUCGACACGACGUCGUCAAAUUCGACGGCAUUUCUCGUCCAACAGCAUCGUCUGCUGCGAACACUAAAGCUGUUCGAAGAUGCCUUCGCCAGUUGGUUCAGCUCAGAUCCUAACAACGUCUCUCAACGGUUCUCAAAGGUCGAUCAGGUUCGCUAUGGAGUGAUCGGAUUUCAUCGCACACCCGAACUGAUGCUUGAACUCGAAUCACCGUUCGCCAACGAUACUCAAAGGGUGUCCGAUCUGAUCUCCGCUCUUCGACCACGUCAGUCUGCCUCAACGUCUGUUGCAAGGGCGCUGGACGAGGCGUUGUCGCUGUUCUUCGAAUCUCGAACAGGAAGGCGAACGACGGAAGAUUAUCAUUCUAGCGCAUGA